CGCUGGCUACCCUACGAGAUAGUCCAAACACUCACUUGAACUUCGAUUUGCAUAGACAAUCAGGUCAGCCAAGGAUCGGAGACCAUGAAGCUUCUGCAAGCUCUGUGCCCUCUCGUCUUCCUCCUCGCCUGCUCCACGUCCAACGCUUCCGUCUUACAAGACGCGUGCAAGUCCUUCGCCGCUAAACACCCGGAGACCGGCUACUACGCCUACUGCAUCAAGUUCUUCCAGGCCGACAAGGGAAGCGGAAGCGCGGACAAGCGUGGCCUCGCCGCCAUCGCCGUGAAGAUCACCGGGGCAGCCGCCAAGAGCACCGCCCAGCACAUCGCCGCCCUGCGGGCCUCCGAGAAGGACACGAAGCGGCUGGCGGGCCUCAAAGAUUGCUCCGAGGUGUACUCGCAGGCCGUGGACCAGACCGGCGUGGCGGCGAAGGGCAUCGCGUCGGCCACGCCCCGGGGCCGUGCGGACGCGGUGACGGCGCUCAGCGCGGUGGAGGACGCCCCCGGCACCUGUGAGCAGGGGUUCCAGGACCUGGGUGUGCCUUCGCCGCUGGCCUCGGAGGACGCCGAGUUCCGGAAGGAGGCGUCCAUCGCGCUGUCUGUAACGGAGGCGCUGUAGGCAUCGUCAUAAUCGAUGACGACGUGAUGAAUUAUCUAAGUUAGGGUGUAGAAUCCUUUUGGAUAUGUUAAUAUACCCUCUGGGUUUUUAUGAGCUCAGAUAAUUUGAAAUAAUAAACUUUGCAAUAAUCUUCGUUGAA